AUGUUUUUCAUUUCCAGAGAUUCUUCAAAAUUAUCUUUGCUUUUUCCUUUUUUUUUUCUAAUAUUAUUUGCUUUCCUCCUUUCUUUUCGAUCUCAAAAUGGUUUCUCCCCUUUUCCUUUGCUUCUGCUUUUUCUUUUUCUUCUUUUCCUCCUUCUUUUUCCUCUUCUUCUCCUUUUUCUUUUUCCUCUCCCUAUUUUUCUUUUUUCUUUAACUUUCUUUUUCCACCUCCUACAGCCUCUUCUUUAUCAACUACUUCCUCUUAAUCUUUCUCUCUUAUUCUCUCAUCAUUUUCUAUUCAUCACCUUUUUGUUAUUUUCUUCCCUAACAACCUCAUCACUUACAUUUAAGUCUUCAUCCUAUCUAUCUAUCUAUCUAUCUAUCUAUCUAUCUAUCUAUCUAUCUAUCUAUCUAUCUCAGUCUAUUCAUAUCUAUCUAUCUAUCUAUCUAUCUAUCUAUCUUAGUCUGUUCAUAUCUAUCUAUUUCAGACUGUUCAUGUCUAUCUAUCUAAGUCUGUCCUUAUCUUUCUAUCUGUCUGUUCAUAUCUAUCUAUCUAUCUAUCUAUCUAUCUAUCUAUCUAUCUAUCUAUCUCAGUCUAUUCACAUCUAUCUAUCUAUUUAUCUAUAUCAGUCUAUUCACAUCUAUCUAUCAAUGUCAACUUUUAUCAUGCAAAAAAAUCCAUCUUUUACUUUUUAUUCUUCUUUCAUAGUGAUAACGCCAAAGUUUUUCAAAGAAUAA